ACUUUCUGCUCCAGCUGCCGUCGCCGCCGCCGCCGCCGCCGCCUGGAUCGCCACCGCCAUCCCCGCCUCCUCUUCCUCCUCCUCCUCCUCCUCCUCCUCUGCCUCGAAGCGUCGCUUUCUGCAGCAGAGGAGAGAAGUGCUAUGUCAGGAAAGUUCCGGGAGGGACUGGCUGGGGCCAUGCUCCCCGGGCUCUCCCGCAGGCGCCCGCGCGCAGCCCUUUGUAUGAGGCAAAAGGACUGCUAUGGAAGAUGGAAGUCUUUGUGCGUUUUCCAGAGUGUGUUUCCAAGCCCAUCAGUGAAACAUGAUACCGCUGCUCUGUGUUGAAAUACUUGAAGAACACCUACAUCUCUGCCGGCGCCUUCCAUCCUGCUGAAACCAUGGUAUUCUCUGCAGUGUUGACUGCGUCCCAUACUGGGGCAUCCAACACAACAUUCGUAGUUUAUGAAAACACCAACAUGAACAUUACAGUCCCUCCACCAUUCCAGCAUCCCGACAUUGGUUCGCUGCUUAGAUACAGUUUUGAAACCAUGGCUCCCACCGGGAUGAGUUCCUUGACACUGAAUAGUACAGCUGUGCCCCCAACACCAGCAGUUUUAAAGAGCCUAAACUUGCCUCUCCAGAUCAUCCUUUCUGCUAUAAUGAUAUUUAUUCUGUUUGUGUCUUUUCUUGGGAACUUGGUUGUGUGCCUCAUGGUUUACCAAAAAGCUGCCAUGCGCUCCGCCAUUAACAUCCUCCUGGCCAGCCUGGCUUUUGCAGACAUGUUGCUUGCAGUUCUGAACAUGCCCUUUGCCUUGGUCACCAUUCUUACCACCAGAUGGAUUUUUGGGAAAUUCUUCUGUAGGGUAUCUGCCAUGUUUUUCUGGUUGUUUGUGAUAGAGGGAGUAGCCAUCCUGCUCAUCAUUAGCAUCGAUAGGUUUCUUAUUAUAGUCCAGAGGCAGGAUAAGCUGAAUCCAUAUAGGGCUAAGGUUCUCAUUGCAGUUUCUUGGGCAACUUCUUUUUGUGUAGCUUUUCCUUUGGCAGUAGGAAACCCUGACCUGCAGAUACCUUCCCGAGCCCCACAGUGUGUGUUUGGGUACACAACCAAUCCAGGUUACCAGGCUUAUGUGAUUUUGAUUUCUCUCAUUUCUUUCUUCCUACCCUUCCUGGUGAUACUGUAUUCGUUUAUGGGCAUACUCAAUACCCUUCGGCACAAUGCCUUGAGGAUCCAUAGCUACCCUGAAGGUAUAUGCCUCAGCCAGGCCAGCAAACUGGGUCUCAUGAGUCUACAGAGACCCUUCCAGAUGAGCAUUGACAUGGGCUUUAAAACACGUGCCUUCACAACCAUUUUGAUUCUCUUUGCUGUCUUCAUUUUCUGCUGGGCCCCAUUCACCACUUACAGCCUUGUGGCAACAUUCAGCAAGCACUUUUACUAUCAACACAACUUUUUUGAGAUUAGCACCUGGCUACUCUGGCUCUGCUACCUCAAGUCUGCAUUGAACCCACUGAUUUACUACUGGAGGAUUAAGAAAUUCCAUGACGCCUGCCUGGACAUGAUGCCUAAGUCCCUCAAGUUUUUGCCGCAGCUCCCUGGCCACACAAGGCGACGGAUACGCCCCAGUGCUGUCUACGUGUGUGGGGAACAUCGGACUGUGGUGUGAAUAUUGGAACUGCCUGACGUUUUGGGUGAUGGUUGUUCUUUAUCUGACUUCGAAUUUUUUUCUCGUGGCUUCUCCACUUAAACUAUAUUGUUUUUCAUAGGGUGUGUGUGUGUGUGUGUGUGUGUGUGUGUGUGUGUGUGUGCAGUGUGAAGAAAGAAUGGUGAUUAGUUAUAAGUCUGUUACCAAGGAUACACAAUAGGGAAGUGAUCACACGUGUUACCUCCAGGGUUCAAGAGAAAUCCUUGAUUUAGGGUGGGGAGAUGGUUUUCUGUUCCUUUGAUUGAUUUUGUUUUUCUAGUAGGAAUCAGGAUUGUGCUUUAUUGAGCCUGCAGUUACAGUGAAUUGUAGGUAUUCUGUAUGCUGCUAAGAUGCUUUGUCGAGUUUAUCAAUUAUUUUUUUCUGGAAGACACUGCUGCUUUUUGCCAUCACAUUGGAGCCAAAAGCCACAUACAUCUCAGUAGAUAAAUAUUUAGUUUUAUUUAAAAAAAUAACCCAAGGGGGUUAGUGACAUUCUAAAGGUCAUGAAUAUUUACUUUGGUGCACUUUAAGAAACAAUGUACAAACUAAUUCAGUCAUGUUUUUCAGAAUUGUUUUUAUACAUGACAUGUUGUGCUUUAGGAAACAUUGUAUUAUUUUUAGGAAGAUAGUUUUUUUAAAAUGUUUUGUCUGUAUGUACAGUUUUAAAGGAGGGAACAUAAAAAUGAAGAACUUUUUCUAAGCACAAUAGUGAUUCUUUAGAGCGGUAGGGCAGAGUUGAGAUAGAGCACCCUUGCGAAUUUAAAUGGGAUGCAGUGAGGCUGUGGCUGGUGCGGGCUGUGGCGAUUCCUUUUACCCAAGGAUUCUCUGAGUCCAGUGGGGAGAAGGGCACCAUUUACUAGACGUCUGCCAUGUGCCAGGCCCUGUGCAUCAUUUUAUCCUCACAGCAUCCUGUGAGGGAAGUAUUAUUUCUUCCUUUUUGCAGAUGAAGAAGGCAAGUCUCAGAGAGACUAAAACCCUGCCCAAGGUUAGUGGUAGAGCUGGGAUCCAAAACUCUGUCCGAGUCCUGAGACUGCAUUUCUACUGUACCACACGGACACCUCGUUCAGGUUCAGGUUUGGACGUUUCAGAGUCAAGAGGGAACUAUGUGUAUCCUUUCAUUUUCUUUUAGACUAAAACCUUCUUUUUAAAAAUAGCUUCAUUUUUUGUAUUACCAAAAGAAAUGUGAAACCAUUACAGAAAGUCUGGAAAAUAGAAAAGAAAAAAUAAAAUCAUUUAUAACUACCUUUUUAGAGCGGAACUAAAAAUCUUAGGUAAGUAAGGGUAUAAGGAAAUAAGGCAAUUUUUUGGUUUGCAAAACAAGUGACAAUUACUGAGAAGUUAAAUACAGCUGUAUAUAGGUCUUUGCCCUGUGGGUUUAGAUGUUACCAGUUGUCCAGAUGUGUUUCUCAAUGUUCUGGACAGAACAGCAUUGUUGCCCCAGUGCUUGCCCAGAGCAGAGCUGGCUAUUGAAGAAUGUGAAUGUGCUCAGAGGUGUGUUUCCUGUAAAGAGGUGAAGAUAAGCCCUGGUCUGAGCCUAGAGCAAGUUUUCAUUAAGGCAGGUCUGGGGUUUCGAAUUAUUUUUCUCUUGAUGAUGUUCUGCCUCUCCCCCACCCCAGGUGCAACCAGGGCCUUUGGUGCCCUUCUCUCUCUAGUCAUGGGAACACGUUAUAAAACAUCCCCCAGGGAUGGAGCUUCAGACUAUGGCCAUAAGUGCUGAAAGUGUAGCCUCUUGGCUACAUCAUGGGCUUUAUAAAUAGGCAAGUUAACCUUGAACACUUUUUGGAUUUAUAGCAUGUUUUCAGAAUUAUAGUGCUUUGUGACCAGUGGGAAAUUAGCCACUUUUCUUCAGUUGUACAACCAGAGAGUUGGACUAGAUGAAUCUUCAAGGUCUUGUCCAACUCUAAUGUGAGAGUAGAGAUUUUUUUUUUUUUUUUUUUUUUU